UCUUCUGACACAGUUAGUUUAAUGGCUCAAUGGCACCUCAUGGCCCCCUCAGCUCUGUGCGCAGAGCUGGAAUCCUACCCACAGCCACAGCGAGAAUACACAUCAUUUCUCGUGGAUUUGAAAAGCAGGCAAUUUGCUACCACAGCUUGGACGUCACCGUCAGCCUGCUACGUUAUAGUGUUUCCGGAAAUAGCCGAACGUGGCCGACACCUCCCGAUGGUGUCUAUGCACGAACUGUUGGGGAUGUUGCUCCCUCAGAGAGAAGCCACAGCGGACGGGCGGGCAGCAGACGGAUACCACUGGUUUACCGGGAACACUGACCGACACUGAGGGGGGAACAAAAGUCCACAGGAGCAUCAGCUGAGCGGAGUAUUUCUCACGGGGCUUUUGGGGAUCUUUUUCCUGCUCACCUCGGGGAUGAGAGCAAGUGUUGCAGAACUGGAGGAAUUGUAAGAGUCUUUUCUAAACUGUGUCUAAUCUGGGGACCUCCCUGCUCUUCUCGUCUUCAGCAUCCUUUCCAAAACGCAGACCUGCAGGAAACCUUAGAAAAUGGUGUCACUCUAUGAUUGCGUGAGGUUGUAGCCAAUCAGCAGCAGUGUCAAGACCAGAAGGAGGAUACCAACAGUGAGACCAUGGACCUCAGAUUCAAACGGCUGUCACCUCUUACCAGGGGAGCUCUACAUUUCCUGCUGUUGGCCAGACUGGUGCUGCCUUCUCACACAGAGAGCAUGCCCAGCUUCAUCAAGUCCCCUGACGAUCAGACAGGGAUUUCAGGAGGAGUGGCGUCUUUCGUAUGCCAGGCGGUGGGUGAGCCCAAACCUCGCAUCACCUGGAUGAAGAAAGGGAAGAAAGUCAGCUCUCAGCGCUUUGAGGUGAUUGAGUUUGAUGAUGGCUCAGGCUCGGUGCUGCGUAUCCAGCCUUUGAGGACCCACCGUGACGAAGCCAUCUAUGAAUGCACAGCCACCAACAGCGUGGGAGAGAUCAACACCAGCGCCAAGCUCACUGUCUUAGAGGAGGACCAGAUCCCUCAUGGUUUCCCCACCAUAGACAUGGGUCCCCAGCUGAAGGUUGUGGAGAGAACCCGCACUGCCACGAUGUUGUGUGCAGCCAGUGGCAACCCUGAUCCUGAGAUCUACUGGUUCAAAGACUUCCUCCCUGUAGACAUCAGCAGCACCAAUGGGCGCAUAAAACAACUGCGUUCAGGGGCACUUCAGAUUGAGAACAGCGAGGAGUCGGACCAGGGCAAGUACGAGUGUGUGGCAGUCAACAGCGCAGGGACUCGCUACUCGGCUCCGGCUAACCUUUAUGUUCGAGUUCGUCGUGUGCCUCCCCGUUUCUCCAUCCCCCCCACCAAUCACGAAGUAAUGCCUGGUGGCAGUGUCAACCUGACCUGCGUUGCAGUUGGUGCUCCCAUGCCUUAUGUGAAGUGGAUGAGCGGCGAGGUGGAGCUUACCCGGGAGGAAGAGAUGCCUAUUGGCCGCAACGUCUUGGAGCUCACCAACAUCCGGCAGUCUGCCAACUACACCUGUGUGGCCAUAUCCUCCUUAGGCAUGAUCGAGACCACGGCCCAGAUCAUUGUCAAAGCCCUGCCCAAGCAGCCCGCCUCCCUCACUGUGACAGAAACCACGGCCACCAGUGUUACGCUUACCUGGGACUCUGGCAACCCAGAACCAGUGUCCUACUAUGUUGUCCAGUAUCGAGCCAAACUGUCUGAGAACGGCUUCCAGGAAGUAGAUGGAGUAGCCACGACCCGAUACAGCAUUGGCGGCCUCAGCCCCUUUUCUGAAUAUGAAUUUCGUGUCAUGGCUGUCAACAACGUUGGCCGAGGUCCUCCCAGUGGUAUUGUGGACACCCGGACAAGUGAGCAGGCACCCUCAUCACCUCCUCUUCACGUCCAGGCACGUAUGCUGAGCUCCAGUACCAUGCUGGUCCAGUGGGAACCUCCAGAGGAACCCAACGGCCAAAUACGGGGAUACCGAGUUUACUACAGCUCUGAGCAUGAAGCCCCACUCAGUGCUUGGCAGAAACACAACACAGAUGACAGCCAGCUCACCACAAUCUCAGGUCUCACCACAGAUAUCACCUACAGCCUGAGGGUUCUGGGCUUUACAUCUGUGGGAGACGGGCCUCCCUCUGAUGUUCUGCAGAUCAAGACCCAGCAGGGAGUUCCAGCACAGCCGUCUGGUUUUGAGGCAGAGGCUGAGCUGGACUCACGUAUCAUGUUGUCAUGGCUUUGGCCUGUCCAGGACCCUAUCAUUAGCUUUGAAUUGCUCUACUGGGAGGCCAACAAUCCCACAGACAAGCAUCAUGCCACCUUCGACCCAGCAGGCUCCUAUGCAGUUGAUGGCCUAAAGCCAGAUACAUUGUACAUGUUUUCUCUGGCAGCAAGAUCUGACAUGGGUUUAGGAGUCUUUACUCAGCCGACUGAAGCCAGGACUGCCCAAUCCUCCCCCUCAGCCCCUCCCCAGGAUGUGCACUUGGUCAGCCUCAGUUCCACCAGCAUCAAGGUGAGUUGGGUGGCACCGCCCACGCACAGCCGCCACGGGGAGAUAGUGUCCUACUCCCUAGCCUACCAAGCAGUCACAGGGGAGGAUGUGGAGCGCUACCAGGUGUCAGGGAUUGGACCUGACAUCACCAGCUACAUGCUGGAGGACCUGGAGAAGUGGACUGAAUAUAUGGUGUGGGUGAGGGCUCACACUAACGUCGGGCCCAGCCCGGAGAGCCCUGCAGCCCACAUCAGAACCAAGGAAGAUGUGCCUGGAGCUCCUCCCAGGAAGGUGGAGGUGAAUGUCCUCAACUCCACUGCCCUCAGGGUGAUCUGGAAGCCUCCCCUGUCUGUGAAACAGCAUGGCCAGAUCAGAGGCUACCAGCUGGUCUACUCCAGGCUAGAGAAUGGGGAGCCUCACGGCCAGCCGGUCAUCAUGGACGUUUCCCUCCCUGAAGCCCAGGAGACCAUUAUAGCAGGUCUGCUACCAGAGACUACCUACUCUGUGACUGUGGCUGCGUAUACCACCAAGGGCGAUGGAGCUCGCAGCAAGGCCAAGGUGGUCACCACCACAGGAGCAGUGCCUGGCAAGCCCACUAUGAUGAUCAGCACCACAAUCGGGAACACAGCCCUGAUCCAGUGGCAGCCCCCUAAGGAAAUGGUGGGGGAGCAUGUGGGAUACCAACUGCAGUACAAGAGAGCAGAGGAGGAUGUUUUCAUUAUCAGAGACUUCAGACAGACAGAUGAUCACUUCACAGUUACUGGUCUCCACAAGGGAGCCACCUACAUCUUUAAAUUAUGUGCCAAAAACCAAGCAGGUAAUGGGGAGGAGUAUAUAAAGGAGAUCAGCACCCCUGAAGACAUUCCCAGCAGCUACCCGCAGAAUCUGAGUGUCAUAGGCCUCACUGCAACCUCCACCAAGCUGGCCUGGGCCCCCCCUCCUCUGGCCGACAGGAACGGGAAGAUUGUCAAGUAUAUGGUGGUAUACCGAGAUAUCAAUAGCCAGCACAACAACACCAACAGUACUACAGAGACACAGAUGACCAUCCAAGGUUUGCAGCCUGACACAACCUAUGACAUCAGAGUCCAAGCUUUCACCAGCAAAGGGGGAGGGCCUAUCAGCCCCAGCAUUCAGAGCAGAACCAUGUCCACCUCCAUGCCAGAUCUUCCCUCAGUGUUCACCAAGAACUUUGGUGUGAAGGCUGUGAUGAAAACUUCUGUUCUGCUGACCUGGGAAGUGCCAGAAUCCUUCAAAUCUCAAGUGCCUCUCAAGAUCCUGUACAAUCAGCAGAGUGUGGAAGUUCCAGGCAACCUGAAGAGGAAGUUGAUCACACAGCUGCAACCAGAUACUGAUUAUUCCUUCGUCUUAAUGAGCCGGGGGAACAGUGCCGGUGGCCUCCAGCAGCAGGUUUCUAUCCGAACAGCUCCAGACCUGCUGAAGAUGAAACCAACUCGAUAUCAACACGAUGUGGAUGAGGGUGGCAGAGUGACCAUUAGUCUUCCAAGCGCCCCUGCUGGAGCCCCUAUAAGAUGGUACUACAUAGUGGUUGUCCCUGUCACCUUGGCUUCACUCAAAAGAUGGGAGAACCCUGAAGACAUGGACAUAUAUGAGCUCCUGGAGGCUGGUGCCACCGGCAGUCAGCAGAAAAAGAGCCAGGACCUCCUGCAGCCCUCCAUAGCUGCUAAGCUGGACACUCUGCCUGAGAUCUUCACUCUGGGUGACGAGAGGAAAUACAGUGACUACUACAACCAACCUCUCCCUGGCCAGCAGCAAUAUCUUUGUUUUGUUCUGGCCGAUCUGAUGGACCAUGACGCUCAGAGGAUGUUCGCAGCCAGCCCUUUCUCUGAACCCAUCACCGUGAAGCUCCAUAGUGGGGUGACCCAACAAACUGAGGACCCCGAGAUGCUGUGGGUGAUGGGUCCGGUCCUGGCUGUCAUUCUCAUCAUCAUCAUAGUCAUUGCUAUUCUGCUCUUCAAGAGCAAACAAGAAAGGAAACGAACAUGUCCAGCUAAGGAUGAGCACAUAGCAGGGGUCAAGGACUCACUGCUGGACCACUCGUCAGAUCCUGUGGAGAUGAGGCGACUCAACUAUCAGACACAAGGUUCCAGUGUCCUCACUUAUCUGAACACUCCAAGAAUGAGGGAACAUCCUCCCAUUGCUAUCUGUGAUCUGGCAAACCACAUAGAAAGACUCAAGGCCAAUGACGGUCUGCUCUUCUCUCAGGAGUACGAGUCUAUCGAUCCAGGACAGCAGUUCACAUGGGAGCACUCCAAUCUGGAGGUCAACAAGCCAAAGAACCGCUAUGCAAAUGUUAUUGCCUAUGACCACUCAAGAGUCAUCCUCACUCCUGUGGAUGGAAUUCCCGGUAGUGACUACAUUAAUGCCAACUACAUUGAUGGCUACAGAAAGCAGAAUGCUUACAUUGCCACCCAGGGGCCACUGCCAGAGACACUGAGCGAUUUCUGGAGGAUGGUGUGGGAGCAGAGGACCUGCACUAUUGUUAUGAUGACCCGUCUGGAGGAGAAGUCAAGGGUGAAGUGUGACCAGUAUUGGCCCUGUCGAGGCACAGAGACAUAUGGGAUGAUUCAGGUGACCAUGCUGGACACCGUGGAGCUGGCUACAUACACCAUACGCACAUUUGCCCUCUAUAAGAAUGGCUCGAGUGAGAAGAGAGAGGUUCGUCAGUUCCAGUGUAUGGCUUGGCCAGACCAUGGAGUGCCUGAGUAUCCCACCCCAACGCUGGCCUUUUUACGUAGAGUCAAGGCCUGUAAUCCUCCCGACGCUGGACCCAUGGUGGUCCAUUGCAGUGCCGGUGUGGGCCGAACAGGCUGCUUCAUUGUGAUCGAAGCCAUGCUGGAGAGGAUGAAACAUGAGAAAUCAGUGGACAUUUAUGGCCAUGUGACAUGUAUUCGAGCUCAGAGGAACUACAUGGUGCAGACAGAAGAUCAGUACAUAUUCAUUCAUGAGGCUCUGCUGGAAGCUGCAACAUGUGGCAACACAGAAGUCCCUGCCAGAAACCUAUACGCCCACAUCCAGAAGCUCACCCAGAUCCCUCCUGGAGAGACUGUCACUGCCAUGGAGCUGGAGUAUAAGAAACUGGCCAACUCUAAAGCACAUACCUCAAAAUUCAUCAGUGCCAACCUGCCGUGUAACAAAUUUAAGAACCGUCUGGUGAACAUCAUGCCCUUCGAGUCCACCCGUGUCUGCCUGCAGCCAAUUAGAGGGGUGGAGGGCUCGGACUAUAUCAACGCCAGCUUCAUUGAUGGAUACAGGCAGCAGAAAGCGUACAUGGCCACCCAGGGCCCCUUAGCCGAGACCACAGAGGACUUCUGGAGGAUGCUGUGGGAACACAACUCCACCAUUGUAGUCAUGCUCACCAAGCUCCGUGAGAUGGGCCGGGAAAAGUGCCAUCAGUACUGGCCUGCUGAGCGCUCUGCACGCUACCAGUACUUUGUGGUGGACCCCAUGGCUGAGUACAACAUGCCUCAGUACAUCCUGAGGGAGUUCAAAGUCACAGACGCCAGGGAUGGUCAGUCAAGGACCAUCAGGCAGUUUCAGUUCACUGACUGGCCAGAGCAAGGAGUGCCAAAAACUGGGGAGGGAUUCAUUGACUUCAUCGGUCAAGUCCAUAAAACAAAGGAGCAAUUUGGACAAGAUGGACCAAUCACUGUGCAUUGCAGUGCUGGUGUUGGACGAACUGGCGUGUUCAUCACUCUGAGCAUUGUCCUGGAGAGGAUGAGGUACGAGGGGGUGGUCGACCUCUUCCAGACCGUCAAGACACUUCGAACUCAGAGGCCGGCCAUGGUGCAGACAGAGGACCAGUACCAACUGUGCUACCGGGCUGCUUUGGAGUACCUGGGAAGCUUUGAUCACUAUGCAACAUAACCUAACCCAGAACGACACCCUCAGAAGAGUUUAGUGUCUCCUCUGAGUCAUAUCCACUCAGCUCCAGUCCCUGCAGCCUGAUGAGGAAGCUGCACGGGGGGACUAAUGAGGACGUUGCCACGGCAGGAAACUGGGGGACUGGAGGAAAGAGGAGAGUGGACAGGAUGAGCUCUCCAUGGACUGGUGCCGUGAUUCUGCUACAGACCCUGCACCGAAACGUUCCAAAAGCCAAUCCUGAAAAGCUAGUCAUGCCUCAUUCUGAUUCUUGACUGAAUACUCCCAUCACUCCUAAAUUUCUGCCUCUGACCCCUGUGAGCAAAAACAAUUUUUUCUGCUACUUUCAUUUUUAUUCAUCAUUAUUAUGUUGCUUAUGAAUAUUUAGAAUUUAUUUUCUAAUCACUUACUGAUUAUUAUAUGUCUUAAUGAGUCUUUUUUUAAAUGUGCUUAUGUUUAUAUUAUUUUACUGGCACAAAGAACAUGUAUUUUCAACAUGCUCUGAGUUAUUAAUACUGGAAAGCAUAUACUCACAGCUGCUAAUGAUUUUAUUUUGAACCAUAGAUGCGAUAUUUUAAUGUUGUCAUUACUCAUUUGGUCAUAUUUACGGGGCAAUGUGGUUUUUUGACUUCCUGUCUUGAAAUUCAACAAAAUGAUGAUGAUUAUGAUUAUCAUGAUGAUAUCUACAAAAAGAAUAAAAAUAAUAAUAAAAAAAAGUUUGUGAACUGCA